GCCUUGGGAUAGCCGUUGAACCUUAAUGCCCCUUUAAAACUGCAUUGUGUCAGCAAUGAGACGAAUAUUAUUCAUCUCAAGUUUCCGAGCUAGUUCCUAUGACCGAUUUGGACCAAUAGUGGCUUCUUCAUGCAGCCACCAAACAUUAUGUAGGUACCUAGAUGGGUCCGUUCCUCCCUGCUGUGAAACCGACAGCUCAAGGUAUAUAAGUCACAGCCGCCUGCCGGAUCUCGACACGUCCGAAAGUUACCUAAAGGGAGAGAGCUGUUUCCUUUUGCCGUUGCUUUGGCAGAUUUUGUUUUUCCUUCUUAAAACUAUUUAGUUAUUCCCAUACCUUACACAAAAUACCAAAGUUCUUCGUCCUGUUCACAAACCUUUCGAACCAUCAAAUCAUCAAAACAUACCCCCUUCCUACCAGUAACUAACCGGACUUCGCCAACAAACAUGACUAAGACAAUUGUGGUAUUGGGUGGCGCCUACGCCGGCGUGGGUGUUGCCCAUAGGCUCCUGAAAUAUACAAAACCUCAUGUCAAGGAUUUAAAAGUUAUCCUUGUUUCCAAGAACAGCCAUUUCUACUGGAACAUGGCAUCCGUGCGUGCCAUUGUUCCCGGCACCUUGAAGGAGGAGCAAUACAGCCAACCUAUCGAGAAGGGUUUCGCCAAGUACCCGGCAGACUCUUUCGAGUUCAUCGUCGGCAGCGCUGAGGGCGUCGACAUUGCUGACAAGACGGUCAAGGUGUCGACGCGGGAUGGCGGCGAGCGAGUGCUUAACUACGACCACCUAGUUCUAGCAACAGGCACGCGCGCUGUUGACGGCACCGUGCCCUGGAAGAGCAAUGGCACCCACGAGCAGGUGGCCGGGCUUGUGACACAAAUUCAAGAGAAGGUGAAGAACGCGAAACACAUCGUGGUUGCAGGCGCAGGCAGCACGGGAGUCGAGGUUGCAGCCGAGAUUGCCUUUGAAUACGGCAAGAAGAAGGAAGUCAUCUUGCUUUCCGGCGACGAGGAAAUCCUAGGCGGCGACAGCCUAGCGUCCAACGUAUCUAGCGAGCUGAAGAAGCUAGGCGUACACGUGCGCAAGUCGGCCCGCGUUGAUGCCGCUCACUCUACGCCCGAGGGCAAGACCGAAGUUGUGCUGCAGAGCGGCGAGAAGAUCCUGACGGACUUGUAUCUGCCUACCAUGGGCAUGCGGCCUAACACCGAGUACCUCCCCGCGGACCUGUUGACCGACAAGAAAUUCGUCGACAUUGACGAGUUUUAUCGCGUCAAGGGUGCUAAAGACGUCUGGGCAGCAGGUGAUAUCGUGUGGAAGCCCCGCGGUAGCUUCGUGCUUUCGGAUAAACAGGCUGCUGGUGUCGCCAAGAACAUCGACCUCGUCCUCAAGGGCAAGGCGCCUACCCCCGUCAAGACGCUGCCGAUGGACGUUCUCAUGGUAGCCACUGGCCGGAGCCGUGGAGCUGGCCGCUUGGGUUCUGUCAAAGUCUUCUCCCUCAUGGUCUACAUAAUCAAGGGCAAAACCCUCGGUAUCCAGUCGCUACCCGGUUAUGUCGACGGUAGUGCCUUCUAGACUAUGAAACACACCCUUAUUUGUUCCUUGAACCUGGCUGGCCUACCUUGAGAGAUAAUCUGGUUCGGAGGGAUUGUGAAAUAAUAGUAUCCGAGGACGUCGAUACUGCUUUAAGGAUAUGCCGGAUAGGUAGUUAGUUCUCUUGUGAUGAAUAGGGGCCGAGGAGAGAACCCGUAAUAUGUACCCUAAGAUACCCCUACCCCCCCUUUUUUUAUAUAAUAAUGAAUCGGUUCUCGACAGUAGUUUUAUAAAAGAAAUAAUAGACGAACAUUCCUAA